AUGCGACAAGAAAUGCAAAUGGACGUGGCACACGACACUCGUGACCACGAACGUCUAUCAGUCGUGACUGAUGCAGCAGCUCUUUCAUGCGACGGUCACCGCCGGCCUUACGUUCAUGCUCCUCGACAACUUUUGUGUUGGUUUAGGGAUGUGCUUGGUGCACAAACCCACAUUCUACAAGUUUAUGCGCACAGAACCGGGGGGGGUGGAGGGGUGGAAUGCCGAGGUCGUACGACAGGGCAUAAACUAUUGCGAGCUUGCCAUUGACACUGUGAUGCACCGUGGUGAGCCAGUGACAUUGAUGGUUGAUGGUCGAUAUGACUCUGUCACAGGUGCGCAACAUUGCACUGUCACCUCGAUGGAGUACGAGACUCGACUUGUUGUAGGUGUUCACACUCUCCGUCCGAAGAUUGAAGGCAAGGCAUCGAAUGCGCUUGAGGUGCCAGCCGUCGUGCAACUUUUGCGAGGGCUGAUGGAGAAGGGGUUGAAGAUCCGGUGCAUUGUCUCGGAUGAUUGUGCCACACUGGGACCGCACACUAACAUCACGCCGUAUUACGUCGAGUUUCAGCACACAUCGGCGGUGGAGACUUUUCAUGGCACCAUCAUCAUCUAUGCGAAGAAGUCGGUGCAUUUCGAGAAGUCUUACUGUGCACGUUUGUCGAUCGCAGUGAUUCGGUGGAACAGUCACUGCUGGCGUGACCCGGUCGGGUAUGUUGCUCGCAUAGCUGCGGGCACUUCCAUAAGUGCGAGACCAGGCUUCCGUCGACACUACGGUCACGAGGCGAUCGACUGUUGGGAGAACAGAUUGGCGGCGUCCGUGUUCGGUUCGGCUCAUGUUUUAGAUUGGGCUCGAGAGCUUCUGCGACAGGAGGUUUGUCCUUAUGGAGCCGGAUCAUUGCCGCGUGAUUUGUUCGUCAACGGUGGGGGCGACCCAGUGGAAGUCGUUGAUGAUGAUGCCUCCGGUUCCGACCAUGAGGCGGUGGGGGAGAACCGUGUUUUCAUCAUCGGUCACGUGGAGGACGAUGCGGUGCCUGUAUGCGAUGAUUGGGUCCAGACGUCGAGCUCCGAAUCUGAGGGUGACGAUAGAGAGUUGUUCAACGUUUGACUGGUUGAAUGGCUUUAUCGUUGACCUGACAUUGGUCUGGUGAUUCGAAAUUCAUUGAGCAUGGCGUUGUUCACACACAUCUCAUGGUGUCUUGUUUGUUACGCU